CACAAAUAACCUCAAGCUUUGGCAUUUCUAAUUUUCAAUCUUCUCAUCCUUCAUUGUUGGAGAGACAUGGCAAUUAAACCGCUUCCAAACUCCAUUGUGCUCUACGUCCCAAGCGUAGAGAAAAACCCUUUUGUGUACUGCAAGGACGACGGCACCAUGGGCGACGGAAUCGGCAGCAUGUCCGACCCGGCGGUCAUGGUGGCAGUGGAGCAAUCAGCGGCGGACAGCAGAUACGUGAGCCUCCGGUUCACCAACAACAACAAAUACUGGCAAAAGAGCGCAAGCGACAACUCCAUCGUGGCCGUAUCGAGCCAGAAAGUCGAGGACACCACGGAUCCGUCGUGCACGCUCUUCCAGGAGACCGUGCAAUCCGUCGACGAGGUCUACUUCGUUCACGUCCAGACCGGGUGGCCCGUGAUGAUCAACAACCUCACCCGCACUUUGCAUGUCGACCAGAACGGCAGCGCCAGGGCUCUAUACUUUAUUGAUGGGAGUACAAUAGCCCAGUCUACCUAAAACACGGGACAUGCCGGCGUCGAUCACCUUUCCCUUUCAACUGUUUUCCGAUUUCCGUUUUACUACUUUCCUUUUGCUUCGUUUUGAUGUCUUCCUGUUAAUUGUAAACUUACACUACUCCCUCUCCCUCUCCCUCUCUUCGUGUUUAUAUAUUAUGCGCACCACCUGUUUGUAGAAAUACUUCA